AGGUUAUAAAAGUCCUGAUUGGUUGGUGGCAGGUUAUAAAAGUCCUGAUUGGUUGGUGGCAGGUUAUAAAAGUCCUGAUUGGUUGGUGGCAGGUUAUAAAAGUCCUGAUUGGUUGGUGGCAGGUUAUAAAAGUCCUGAUUGGUUGGUGGCAGGUUAUAAAAGUCCUGAUUGGUUGGUGGCAGGUUAUAAAAGUCCUGAUUGGUUGGUGGCAGGUUAUAAAAGUCCUGAUUGGUUGGUGGCAGGUUAUAAAAGUCCUGAUUGGUUGGUGGCAGGUUAUAAAAGUCCUGAUUGGUUGGUGGCAGGUUAUAAAAGUCCUGAUUGGUUGGUGGCAGGUUAUAAAAGUCCUGAUUGGUUGGUGGCAGGUUAUAAAGCUCCUCCCCGGUGGUCCGCGCACACAGACUGCGAGGACGCGCAGCAGCAGCAGCGGAGCAUUACGCGCGGCCACGCGAGAAAGGAAGCACCUGUGUCUGCGGGAAAUAAACACGACACCUGUGACUAUCCCUCGCAGUGUCUUGGGUCCGCCAUGUGGGUCCUGGAUAAAAUCCGCGGGUCGGUGGAGACGGGCGUGCUGCGUCAGGGUGAGAGCGGCGACAAGAAAGGCGUGGCCCCGCCCUACUCCAACGUCCUCACCCCAGACAAGAUCCCGGACUUCUUCAUCCCGCCAAAGCUGGUCAGCUGUGCUCCAGAGCCUGAGGUUCCGGCGGCGAAGCCCAAGGAGACUCUGCAGCCGCCGGAGCAAACCAUCAGCAGCGGGAGAAAGAUCAGCGGUCCAAAGAGCCCGCGUCUGGUCGCCAAGCUGGCGGGAGACACCAAGAACCUCCUGAAGGCGGCCAAUCGUCACAUCAUUCAGAUCGAGAGCGCCGACGACGUCCCCGGCGACACCAACGCCGACCCCCAGUCGCAGACCGCCAUGUCUCUCCCCUACGUCCCCAAGACCCAAACUUCGUACGGAUUCGCCACCCUGAAGGAAAGCCCCCACACCCGCCGCAAGGAGUCUCUGUUCCACUGUGACAUCAGCAGUCCCAUCACGUCCCCCAACAUCCAGAGGAAGACCAGCAAGGACGGCGGCGGCGGAAACCACCUGAACCCGGCCGACUGCAACGCCUCCCACAUGAACCCCUACCGCUACUUCAGCGGCGGCGAGAGCGACACCUGCUCCUCGGCCGAGUCGUCCCCCUUCAGCUCGCCUCUGCUGUCGCGCUCCGCCUCGCUACUGAAGAUCUUCACACACGAGACGCAGGCCAAGGUGGUGAAGGCCAAGCGCACCUUCGCCCGCCACAGCUCCCUCUCCACCGACGAGUGCAGCUCGGCCGAGCCCAGCCCCAGCCUCCAGCGCCGCCUGCACAUCCCCUCCUUUCACUGCGCCGCACCGGCGCCGGAGCACGGCCUGCAGCGCCAGCACACCAUCAACCUGCACAAGGGCGGCACCCUCAGGAUCUGCGCCGACUACGACGCCGGCACCUCCCGCCUGCGCAUGCGGGUGCUGGCGGCCGAGUGUCUGUACGACAAGCACUGCGACAUCAAGGGCAUCAACUGCUGCGUCUCCGUCUACCUGAACCCCGGCAAGGUGCAGAAGCAGAGGAGCAACAUCAUCAAGAACAGUCGCAACCCCGUCUUCAACGAGGACUUCUUUUUCGACGCCAUCAGCUCGCUGCAGGUCAACAACCUGUCGGUCAAGUUCAAAGUGGUCAACAAAGGAACCAGCCUGAAGAGGGACACGCUGCUGGGGGAGCGCGAGGUCCUCCUCACCAAGCUGCUCUCGGGGGUCUAA